ACCUAGUGCCUCCUCCCUCCCCCCUUUGACUAUCUCCAUAACUCUAAAGUUAAAGAAAGCUCCAGAAACUUGGGAAACGAACCCGAGAAGCAUAUUAUGUUAAAACCAGCACCCAGUGGAUUUUUCCUUCACUCGGUGGGAAAGUGGAGCCGCGCGACAUGUGUGUUCUUGAAGGCAAGUCGCUGCUUGACGAGCGUCCCACCUGUUGGGUAGACUUUGGAAGGAGUCUGACCCAGUUCUGUUUGCUCCUUAACGGCUUCGCCGAAUAUCCCCGCUCCCCCUUUAUUUUUAAAUACUGAAGGCAGUGCCGGUCAGGCCAGUUCCCUACAGAACUGUGAAGAAGGCCGUCGAGGAGGACAUGUAUCGUGCCGCGGAUGAAAUAGAAAAGGAGAAAGAGUUACUUAUACAUGAAAGAGGGUUAUCAGAACCUAAAUUAAGUGUGGCUCCUGAAAUGGAUAUCAUGGACUACUGCAAAAAAGAAUGGAGGGGAAAUACGCAAAAAGCUACAUGUAUGAAAAAGGGCUAUGAAGAGGUAUCUCAGAAAUUCACUUCCAUAAGGCGAGUCCGCGGAGAUAAUUACUGUGCGCUGAGGGCCACACUGUUCCAGGCGAUGAGCCAGCCAGCGGUGCUGCCCUCCUGGCUGCAGGACCCGGAGCUCACGCUGUUACCAGAAAAACUCAUAAGUAAAUACAGCUGGAUCAAGCAGUGGAAACUUGGAUUGAAAUUUGAGGGGAAAAGCGAGGACCUGGCUGAUAAAAUUAAGGAGUCUCUCACUCUGCUAAGGAAGAAGUGGGCAGGCUUGGCUGACCUGAGGACUGCUGAGGCAAGGCAGAUAGCUUGUGAUGAACUGUUCACAAAUGAAGAGGAAGAAUAUAGCCUUUAUGAAGCUGUAAAAUUUUUAAUGCUACACAGAGCCAUUGAACUAUAUGAUGAUAAAGAGAAGGGAAAGGAAGUACCAUUUUUCUCUGUGCUUCUGUUUGCUCGGGACACAUCCAGUGACCCUGGACAGCUACUGAGGAACCAUCUAAACCAGGUGGGAAACACUGGUGGCCUCGAACAGAUUGAAAUGUUCCUUCUCGCCUAUGCUGUGUGCCACACCAUCCAGGUGUACCGGCUCUCCAAGUACGGCACUGAAGAGUUCAUUACAGUCUACCCCACAGACCCACCCAAGGACUGGCCAGUGGUGACCCUGAUCGCCGAGGACGAUCGGCACUACAAUAUCCCCGUGAGAGUGUGCGAGGAGACUAGUCUGUGAGAGACGUGCACCUGGACAGCCUGGCAGUGGGGCCAAGGUGUGCACGCAGUUCCUUGGCGCCACCCUCGGCCUGCUGGUCUCUUAGAAUGAAUUACACGAACUCUUGGACCCUGUCAAGUGGCCUGGGAUAUUCUGAAGACUAACUUUUGAUAAUAAGAGUUAACCAGGCUUUUCCCUCAUGAUGCAAUAUGUUUUAGUGGGGCCCUUCAGAGCACACCUGUUGGAAGGUGCAAACUACAUUUUUUUCCAUAAAUACUUUCGUAUCAGGAGACUCAUUUUGGGAGGAAUAUUCUUUAUAUCUCAAAUCAAACUUUCUCUAAUAGUAAACUGGCUUUCAGUUUUUCUUUUUGAACAGUAAUUUUUUUUGUUUUGGUGGUAAUGGGUCUCUCUUGUGCCCUUCCUAUGCAGUCUGCUUAUGUAGUGUAUUUCUGGGAUCUGUUAAUGGCACAGUCUGAACAUCCUCUGAUAGUCUCGUCAAGCAGUGGUUUGGAUUUACAUAAUAAUUAAAGAUGUUCUAAACAGAUUACUUAAUAGAAGAUUAAGAAUUGGGUCCAAAAAUGAGUUAUUCAGAGGCUGAAGCAGGAGCUGGAGCAGGAGGGAGGCGGUAGUACCUGGAAAUUCUUGCUAGUCCAGUACUUGACAGGUGUUGAGGCCACAGCCACACCGGGUCUGAUGCUGGGUGCAAGUGGUGCUCUGUAGCUGCUUGUAGUUGAGUUCUAGUGUCGGGAGCUUUUAUUACUGUGCUCAUAGAUUCACCAUUAUAGUCAGAACAGUGCUGAGACCUACCUGCGUUUUUAGAGGAGAAAGCCAAGGCCAAAUGAGCUCAGGCACUUGAGUUCAGGGUGGGAUGAGCUGGAUCCAGGUCUUCCUGUUCCCUUUUCAUGCUGUUUUUUUAGGGUGUUUCUAUUGCCAAAUUCAUCUGCAGGUAGGGGAUGAGUAGCAGCACAGUGUCUAAGGUUUUUCAUGAGUUAGUAUAAGCAGAAGUGACUAAAACUGAGUGCAAAAGUAUGGCUGAGCCACAUCUGUCUUUGAUUUGGUAUGGAAAGCCUGAGGGAGGCAGUGUUCCUGGCCGUGAGUGAUUGCCUGCGUGGUCACAGGCUAGCAUGGUGACCAGAUAGUGGUUACAGGGCAGCCUAGCUGAGCAUGGUCAGCAUGAGGGCCUGAAUUGUCCAUGUGAGGCAUGGACUAUGGACACUGUUCCCAGUAACCAGACAUGUCGCUCUUUAGGGUUGUAUCAGCAGCUCCUGAAUUGGCUCAGCAUUUGUGGGGUGGUGUUUCCUUGAAGUACUGAGCUUUACUUUAGAAUAACUUAAAUCUUUUUAUUUGGUCCAAUUUAAUAAAGUUUAUAAUCUUUCUAAUCUGUUUUUUUCUCGAGAGGGGCAAACCUUUUUUAAAAAUCUAAGUUUUGCUUUCACUUAAAAAUUCAAAUUCUUAGUUCAGAAAACUCAGAGGCCACACAGAACUAUGCAGACUGUUACAUUAGUAUGUUCCCCAUUACCUCAUCAGUAAUAGUCACCACAUUUUGGUAGAUGCUAAUUCACUGAAUCAAAUUCUCUAAAUGUGUGUGGAUUAGAGAGGCUUGUGUUUUUCACUGUGAAAUGCAAUGGUGCCUCGGAUAGGAGGUGCCUAGAAGCCAAGUUCAAGUAAUAAUAAUGACUUCUUGUUGGUUUUGAUGUUUCAUUUUAGUAGUUGUAACACAGGAAAUAGGUACCAUUCAUUCUUGAAUAUUUUUAAAAGCUUUAAUGUUUAGGUUGAACAAAGCAGUAGGGAUCUGUGUUCCUCUGACUUUGUUCAUACCCACUGUUGAAUUUAAUGAUACUCAUGAUAAUAACACGAUCAUUUGUCUUUGAGUUUUGAAAAUAAUCUCAGUGAACUUGAACUGGACUUCUGGGCAACUUAAUUGUUUACAUUUUAUACUUUUUUCUUGUUCCUGUGUAUGAUAUUGUUAGAGUGUGUGCAGAAAUUGUGGUCUUCACCACCACACUGAUAAAAAUUCAAAAGGAUGAGUUUAACUUAUUUUCUGUCUCAAGGCCUUAUUGUACUGCUCUCAGACUGUUGUCCAGGCUUAGCGGGAUCAUGGCAUGAGAGAAGCAAAGCUGCAAUGAAACAGAACCUCAGGAAAUAUAGAUGGUUGGCCAACUUUAACAUUUCUUUGUUGCACCAUGCAACUUCAGUUACCCAGAGUCCUAAUUCCAUUUCUUGUUCCUGGUCUUGGGCUGGUCAGGUGACAGGAGCAGAAUGGAAAUUAAAUUCAGAUCAAAAUGGAUUCAGGAGGAUAAUUACUUAGAGGGAUCUCUAAAAUGAUUAAACUAUCUAAAAGGAAGGUAGUGGGAACUACCCUGUGCUUAUUUUCAGUCCAAGAGUUUAUUGCAAGAGUUUUGGACCCUAUGAUUUUAACAGAAAGAUGAUCUCUCCCUUAAGCAGGCAUGACUUACACCUUUGAGCUCAUUUAAGGUGCAUUUAAACCUAAAAGAAUUUCCAUCUAACAAGUUCCAUGGAAUUAACAUUGCUCCUUCGGAACUCCUUCCCGGUCCCCCUCCUCACCUACAUAUACAGCGUCCAUUCAUUUCAUUCAUACACAUGGAGCAGUGAUGGCAGCGGUUGAGAACAAAAGGCCAGUGUGUGGUCUUUCACUUACCAUCUAGGUGUAGGGGGAAUUUGAUCUGAAAUGUUUGCAGUUUCUCUUCCUUUGGAUACAGCAUAUCUGAAAAUGUUUUAAAUGCACAGAACAAGACUGACCCUGUUUUCUUUAUAUAGCCAUUUACACUUCUAUUAUACUGUUAUAUAUUCACUUAAUGCCUGAUGAAAUUUUUCUUUGAUUAAGGGAAACAGAUAUUGCCUUUGCAUUCUUUCAUUAGUUGUUUCCCCUCCAAUUCUAGAGCUUAUCAGGUAAAAUCUGAGGCCACAUGAGUCUAACACCUCUGACAGAGAAGCGACCUUUGCGACGAAACGACCUUUGUGGUUGUGUGGUUUGGUUUUUUUUAAGAGACUGUGUUAUUCUCCUGCUCUCACCCUCACCCCAAGGUGUUGUUUUCCUUGUGAGCUCGUAGUUUAGUUUUUAAAGAUCUUCCAGAUAAUGACUGUGAAGUGCUGCUGUAUUGCAUUUAAUGAUCUAGUUCCCGCCCUUACCAUGGCAUAUAUGUAGGACUCCAGUAGUCUCCCUGGCUGUGUCACUUUUCUGAUGUUAAAAUAAAGUUAAAUUAUUUUCUCUCUUAA